AGGAUGAGGCGGCUCUUGGUCGGAUCGGUUCGGGAUGAAGCCAUGAAGCCGUGGCUGCUCUUCGCCCUGCUCGGGCUCUGUGCAGCCAUCGGGCCGAGUAAACAGGAAGACGAGGACUAUGAAGACGUUCCCAUAAACAAGACGUGGGUGUUAUCACCUAAGGUCUAUCAGAGCGACGUGACCGUCAUCCUGGACAAACUGCUGCAGGGAUACGACAACAAGCUGAGGCCCGACAUCGGAGUGAGGCCGACUGUGAUUGAAACAGCCGUGUACGUCAACAGCAUCGGACCGGUCGACCCCAUCAACAUGGAAUACACCAUUGACAUAUUCUUCGCCCAGACGUGGUACGACAGCCGGCUGAAGUUCAACAGCACCAUGAAGCUGCUCAUGCUCAAUAGCAACAUGGUCGGCAAAAUCUGGAUUCCUGACACCUUCUUUCGCAAUUCUCGCAAAUCAGACGCCCACUGGAUCACUACGCCCAACCGCCUUCUGAGGCUGUGGAGCAACGGGAGGGUCAUGUACACGCUGAGGUUGACUAUUAAUGCGGAGUGUUACCUUAAGCUGCAUAACUUUCCAAUGGAUGAGCACUCGUGUCCACUGGAGUUUUCAAGCUAUGGUUAUCCCAGGAAUGAGAUCAUGUACAGGUGGCAGAGGCGGGCCGUAGAAGUAGCAGACCAGCGCUACUGGAGACUCUACCAGUUUGCCUUUGUUGGGCUGAGAAACACCACUGAUGUGGCACACACCCAAUCAGGAGAAUAUGUAAUCAUGACGAUCUUCUUUGACCUGAGUCGGAGGAUGGGCUACUUCACCAUCCAGACCUACAUCCCCUGCAGCAUGAUCGUAGUCCUGUCCUGGGUCUCCUUCUGGAUCAAUAAGGAUGCCGUCCCAGCACGCACAUCUCUAGGUAUCACCACCGUGCUCACCAUGACCACCCUGAGCACCAUCUCCAGGAAGUCUCUGCCCAAGGUUUCCUACGUCACGGCCAUGGACCUCUUUGUUUCUGUCUGCUUCAUCUUCACCUUCGCUGCCCUCAUGGAGUACGGCACUCUGCACUACUUCACGAGCAACAGACAGACCAAGAAAGCUAAAGCCAACAGUAAUGCACAGAAAUCCUCCAGUAUGGUGAACAUCCGACCCGGGACGUCCCUGCUGCAGAUGAACAACAUCGUCCCGUACCACGAGGAGCCCGACUACGCUUACGAGUGUUUGGAUGGGAAAGACUGUGCCAGCUUCUUCUGCUGUUUCGACGACUGCCGCUCAGGUGCCUGGCGUGAAAACAGGAUGCAUGUGCGAGUUUCCAAGAUUGAUUCUUACUCACGAAUAUUCUUCCCCACUGCUUUUGGCCUUUUUAAUUUGGUUUACUGGAUAGGUUACCUUUAUCUAUAA